AUGCCAUUCAAGCAACCGCUUGGCGAACGGGACUCAUCCAAUCGGGUUGCGCCGACUUUUAUCCGGCCAUUGACGGAUAAACGCGCAGUUGUUGGUGAAAGAGUGAUUCUCGAAUGCCAACUCGAAGGUAAUCCGGACCCAGCUAUCAAAUGGCUUAAAGAUGGAUACAAUGUGUCAAUGUGUCCUGAUUAUCAGAUCGAAGAAGACGGAUUGAAGCAUCGCUUAAUCAUUCCACAAGUUCAAGCAGCAGACAAUGGAAGAUUUACGGCGCAAGCAGCAAAUUCGGCCGGCAUCAAACAAUCCACGUGUAUUCUCAUCGUUGGUCCUGCACCAACGCCGGUUCCAGGUGCUAAAUACACUAUUGCAUCACCGGCUCCGCCUCAAACUCCGGUUGGCCCAUCUGCUCCAAUAUUUCUCAAAGAACUUCGCCAUCAGCCAUUGAAGCCCGGAGGUAGUGUGACCUUCGAGGGUCGCGUAGCAGCAGUUCCACCUCCAAAAAUUGAAUGGCUGAAAAACGGCAAACCUCUGCAGAAUUAUAGGGCAAAAAUUGAGCAUGACCAGAAAUCGGGAAUUAUCUCAAUGACGAUCCCACAAAUGUUCAAUGACGAUGUCGGUGAAUACACUGUGAAAGCAUCAAACGUGCACGGAGAGGAAACCAGUGUUGCACAGCUUUUACCAAGGGAACAAUACGACAAAUGGUUUUCGAGCGAGCAACAUCGACUUACCAAAGAAAGAAAACAAAGGAUGAUGUCGCAAACAUUGCGACCGAAUAGUGUGGCCCAAAAUCAGAUGAAGAAGCAAGGAUAUGACACAGAUCCGGGAAGUGUUGAUAUGCAAUCUUGGGGAAUAUCAGAGAGUGAAACGGAACCUGAACUUUCGGCGUUGGACUCGAAAAAUUCAGUGGGAACGAAACCGAUUGUGCGAGUUCCGUUGAGAGGACUCAGGCUUACUGAAGGCACUGAUGCAAUUCUUCAAGCCAACAUUGUUGGAAAUCCCAAGCCCAGAAUUCAAUGGCUAUUCAACGGCCGACCGUUGCAACUACAAGGCCCAAGAAUGCAGAUGACGUUUAAAGGGUCCCUUGCUGUCCUCAAAAUUUCAAUGAUAACCCCGGAAGAAGCUGGCGAGUACACUGUCUCAUCGGAGAAUCGCUUCGGAAAGGUUGAAAGUUCGGCCCGUAUCGAGGUUUACCCAUUGAGCGUGCCGGAAGUAAGGCACAACAGUGAUUAUCAAGCUCAAAAGCUCCAAGAGCAACGCCAACUCGAACAGCAGAAACAGGAACAACAGCGAGAAUCCGCACGCUUAGAAGAGGAACGUCGUCGUUUGCUGGCGCUUGAGAAACAGCAUCAACAACAACGUGAAGCCGCGCGGCUCGAAGAAGAACGACGUCGAGCAAUCGCACUAGAGCAACAACGACAGGAACAACAGCAAGAAGCGGCGCGUUUAGAAGAAGCACGUCGUCGUCUGGUUGCUCUCGAAAGACAGCAGUACGAGCAACAACAACGUGAAGCUUUACGUCUCGAGGAAGAACGUCGUAGAGUAGCUGAACUUCAACAACGUGCGUCUUUGGAGAAUUUCCGGCACCAAGCACCACAGUUCUACGAAGAACCUCGUUACACUCAAACAAGGCCCAAUCAUCAACAGUUGUACGAGCAACAUCGUCGUCAACAACAACAACAACAUCAAUACCAUCAGCAGCAGCAGCAAUCCCAUUACCAUCAACCAAUUCCUAGUUCAAAUUUCCAUCUAAACCGUUAUCAGCAGCACAUUCGGGAAGAACACGGAAACAACAUGCCCAUUCGUAAACCGCAAGAACAACCAAAUGGCGAGAUUAAAAUGAAUGGCUCACCAGUGCCGGGUCGCAGCCAUGCUCAUGGAGCGGCGUUAGUGAACGCGAGACCACCACAGUUCCUUGUGCAUCCACAAUCUGUCGCGGCGAAAGCAUUGGAGACUGUAACAUUUAGUGCAAAGGUGGUUGGAUCACCACAACCAACUUUGAUAUGGUGCAAGUCUGACGGAACGCAGAUAAAGAAUGGAGGAAAGUUCAAGAUUGAAGAAGGACCAGAUGGCAGCAGUCGACUUAUUAUUGAGAAAGUUGAUGCUCAUGACGCAGACAUGUACAUGAUUGUCGCAAGAAACGAUGGAGGAUCAUCACAAAGCAGAUUCUCACUGAAUGUUCUGCAAGCAAAGUCUCCAGAAGCUCCAGAAUUCGUUGGAAAAUUCCAGUCAACCACCCUUUAUGAUGGAGAUUCCGUUAAGCUCUACUGUAAAUGUUCUGGAGAAGGUGUGACUUUCAAGUGGUACAAAGACAACGAACCAAUCAGCACCGGAGGAAAUUUCGUUGUGGAAGUCAAGGGAAACGAAACCACACUUUCCAUCAAUGGAGCAACGCUUCAAGAUGGCGGGUGGUAUCGUUGUGAUGCAUCGAACAAACACGGUACGACGACUCUCAAAGGUCGUGUGGUUGUUCAGUCGCGACAGAAGUUCCCCGGACCAGCGCAUCGCGAAAUGAUCACACUUCGCAAGACUGAAAAAGUGGAAAGAUCCCGUACCCCUGUGAACAUGCUCCAAGAUGUGUCGGCAUCGAAGUCCGCACCGAACUUUGUCGGAAGUCUUCAAAACCAACAACUGAUUGAAGGCCAAUCUGCCAAGCUUGAGAUCAAAUACACACCGUCUGAUGACCCGAACCUCAGAAUUGCUUGGCUACUCAACGGAAAAGCAAUUCUCGCUUCUUCCCGUGUUUCGACAAGCGUUGAUUUUGGAAUUGCAACCCUUCAAAUCAACCCAGUUACUGUUUUUGAUCAAGGAGAGUAUACUGUUGUUGCCGUCAACCCAUUGGGUGAAUCCCGAACCUCGAGUAACAUCGCUGUUAUCGGACACGGAACAUUCUUCCAGCAAGAUGGCAGCAGCUUUGGAACCACCUACCAAUCUAAAGUGGCCCAUGCACCAGCUGGUGUUCAGCUUGACCUUCCCAAUUUUCAUUCUGAUCUUCGUAGUCAGGAAGUAUUUGAGGGUCAAUCGAUUCAUUUAGAAGUGAAGCUAACACCAUUCAACGAUCCAAAACUUCAGGUUAUUUGGUAUCUCAACGGUCGCGAACUUGUUAACAACGAACGAUACCGUCAAACAUUUGCCAAUGGAUUCGCAACUCUUGAUAUCUCGCAAGUCACCAAAGAAGACAGUGGAUACUACACUUGCAAAGCUAUCAAUGAACUUGGAGAAGCCGAAAAUCAGGCAACUGUGAUUGUUCAUCCGAAAGUCGAUAUGCAACAAUUUGGAACCAAUCGAGCUUAUGAUAUCGACGAUGUUCGCGAAAUUCAAUAUUCUUACUCAUCGGUCGAUCUAACCCCAAAGUUCUUGACCCAAUUGCAAUCAUUCCACUGCGAUCAGGAGCUCGGAAGAUCGUUCUUCGAAGCGCGAAUUCAACCAAUCAAUGAUCCGUCAUUACGUGUCUCAUGGCUCAAAAACGGCCAACCAUUGCCAAAUGCGAACAGAAUUCAGUUAUCACACAAUUUUGGUGUCGUAUCCUUAUCACUUCAUCCAACUUAUCCAGAAGACGCUGGCGUCUACACUUGCGUUCUUUUCAACGCUAGUGGCCAAGCUCAAAGUUCAGCAGAGCUUACAACUGUCUGGGUGGAUUCUCUUCAAUUAGACAGCAAACACACCGACAGCUUGCCCAUUAUUGGAUAUCUCGAUAGUCAUCAAGUGCACAUCGGACCGCAAUCAGUGGAGCGACCAGAGGAAUUCCAUUCACUCGAAGCUCCGAAGUUCGCCAGAGAGCUUACGAAUCGCAUUGAAGUCAUGGAAAAUGAGCCAGUUCACUUCGAAGCUCGAAUCCAACCGGCCAAUGAUGUGAAGAUGACAGUCGAAUGGUAUCACAACGGAAAACCACUUCCUGCUGCUCAUCGAUUCCGUCCAAUGUUCGAUUUCGGAUAUGUCGCUUUGGAUCUCCUCUAUGCGUAUCCAGAAGAUUCUGGAAUCUACACAUUGGUCGCAAGAAAUGAGCUCGGUGAAGCUCAAAGUAAUGUUGAACUUGUGGUUGGUAACGAAAAGGUUCUUUAUCUUGAACCCCAUCAUCCAGGAGGACUUGCACGAAUUCAGGAGCUUGAACAAGAUCGUCGCCGUGGAAUCGCUGAAGUUGAUGACCGCACUUGCGAUGCCGCUCCGAAGUUCCUUAAUGACAUUGACGAUAUUACCAUCAACGAAUAUGACAACAUCCAUUUGGAUCUUCGUGUAACACCAAUCAAUGAUCCAAGCAUGGUCAUCGAAUGGUACAUCAACGGAAGACCGAUCAUGACGGGAAGUCGCAUCAAGACUCUCAAUGAGUUCGGCUUUAUCGCUCUUGACAUCAAGUCGGCUAUUCCGGAAGAUUCUGGAACAUACUCAAUUAAAGCUUCAAACCUUCUUGGAGAGGCUAUUCGGCAAUGUGUUGUUACUGUUCAACCAUCUGGGCAAAUUCUUUCGGAUACGCAUCACGAAGAAUCACUCAACAAAAUUUCAAACUUGGAAAAUAUGAACAAAUAUGCUCGAAGUGACAUUGAAGAGCACGGUCCUGAAGGCCCACCGACCUUUGUCAACCGACUUCCCGAAGAUCUUGGUGAGAUCGAUGAAGGUGAACCAGUGCAUUUGGAAUGCCAAGUGUCUCCAAUUAACGAUGGAACUCUCAAUGUUACAUGGUUACGUGACGGUCAACCAAUUCCACACGGUCAUCGUUUCCGUACCUUCUAUGAUUUCGGUUUUGUCUCGUUGGAUAUUAUUGGAUUUUACGCCCACGACGUCGGCACAUACACAUGUCGCGCCGAAAACGCCCUCGGUGCCGAUGAGACUUCGGCGAGCAUUCGGUGUACACGAACAAAUAGAUCAAAUUCUGAUAGAUAUGGAUCACGUUUAGCAAAAGAAGCCAUCAUCGGAGGAGUGCAACAUCCGAAGAGUUAUGCGCGAAUUCAAGAAAUCGAAGCUGCCAAACCGGCCCCACAAGAAGUUCCCGAAUUGCCGAAACAAGCACCGCAAUUCGUGAAACCAUUGGGUCCACCAAUUCAGUGUAUGGAAGGAGAAAAUGUUUACCUUGAAGCUCAGGUUACACCUACUGACGACAAUACAUUGACAUACGAAUGGCUGGUCAAUGGUCAACCUUUGAUCAAGGCUCAUCGUUUCGUCCUCUCGCAAGAUUUCGGAUACAUUGCAUUGAACAUUUUGUAUUGUUAUCCAGAAGAUAAUGGAAUCUACACUCUUGUUGUGAGAAAUUCGACUGGCGAGGCUCAAUCGUCAACCGAAAUAAAUUGCGGCUAUUUGAGCGGCAAUCUCACCGACUCAUUCCAUCCGAAUUCGUUGCAACGUAUCGCUGAACUUGAGACUCCGUACCAGCGUGCCGAACCAUUGCCUGAGAAGGAAAAGGAGAUGCCACAGAUUUUGCGCAGUCUUCCAGACAAAAUUGACGCAGUUCACGAAUCGCAGACAUUGCAUCUCGAAGCUCAAAUUUCUCCGAUUGAUGACAACACGAUGAAGUAUGAAUGGUUGUUCAAUGGACAGCCACUGAAGGCUUCGAGCAGAUACCGCGCCCUCUGCGACUUCGGAUUUGUCUCUCUUGACAUCGACUACAUUAAUGUUGAAGAUGCCGGCAAAUACACAUUGGCUGUGUACAACUCUGUUGGCCGUGCCGAAACCUCGUGCGAAUUCGAAGUCAUCCCAUUGAAAUCGAUUCUUUCCGAUACUGCUCAUCCAGAGUCGUUGAAAAAAAUCAUUGAGAUGGAACAAUUUCAACCAGCGAAACCAUCUGAUGAUGAUGCGCCAAUGCAGCCUCCUGUGUUCACUCAGCCACUCACUGGCCCAAGCGAUCAGUUGAAAGAAGGUCAAUCAGUUCACAUGGAUUGUGUGGUUCAACCGAUCAAUGAUCCAACUUUGAAGAUCGAGUGGUUCCGAGAUGGUCAACCUCUCAUGUUCGGAUCUCGUAUCCGCACUAUUCACGACUUCGGAUAUGUUGGGCUUGAGUUCUUGCACAUUCAUCCGGAGGAUACUGGAGUCUACACAUGUCGUGCAACGAAUAUUGUUGGACAAGCAGAAACUUCGAUCAGAAUUGACUGCAGAGCCAGACGCAACAUCUACUUGAACACUCAUCACGACUCGUCAUGGCAGAAGAUUCAAGAAAUCGAGAAUCGCGUCGAUGAACGUGAACCAACUCCAGAAAUUAUCUUCGAACCGCCAACAUUCACCGAGCAACUCGUCGACCAAACUGAUGCGAUUGAGGGUCAAACAUUGCGCCUUGAAGCUCGACUCAUUCCAGUCAACGAUCCGUCAAUGAUUGUUACAUGGACAAGGAACGACCAAAAAUUGCCGGAAGGCUCACGAUUCAUGCCAGCUCGAAACUUUGAUGUCGUCAGUCUUGAUAUUCUUGCUUUAUAUGGAGAAGAUUCUGGAGUCUACAAGUGCCACGCGAUUUCUGCAAGUGGCGAAGCUGCGACUACAUGCACUGUUAAUUGCGCAGCCACUCAAUCUCUUCUUCUCGACACCAUGCACGAAAAAUCAUGGAAUCGUGUGAAGGAAAUCGAGAACCGACCAAAAGUUGAAAAAGUUUAUGAAGACGCCGAGAAAGUCGCGCCGAACUUUGUCGUUCCACUUUCAUCAUCAUCUGCCGAAAUCAACGAGGGUGCCCCAAUCCAUCUUGAAUGUCAAGUAGAACCCACGAACGAUAAUGAGCUUACAGUGCAAUGGUAUCACAAUGGACAACCAUUGGCCAAUGGGCAUCGCUUCAAGACCACUUACGAUUUCGGCUAUGUGUCUUUGGACAUUCUCUACGCAUUCGUUCAGGAUAUCGGAGAAUGGUCGUGUGUCGCUAGAAAUCGUGUUGGCGAAGCUGUCACGUCCACUUCAUUGAACAUCAUUCCACGUGGAACUAUUUACACCGAUUCGCAACAUCCAGAAAGUUGGCAAAAAAUUCAGCAACUUGAAGCCCCAAGCGCUCCAGCUCCAGAGCAUCCAGAUGCCGAAUUCGAUGCUCCGCAGUUUAUCGAACCACUUGAUAACAUUGAAAGAAUUGAGUUCCAAUCAGUUCACUUCCAUAGCAAAGUCAUACCACAAAACGAUCCUAAACUUCGUAUUCAAUGGUUCAAGGACGGACAACCACUUGCCAAUAGCAACAGAUUCAAACUCACUUCUGAGUUUGGAUACAUUGCUCUUGACAUCUCACAUACGGUUCCUGAAGACUCUGGAGUAUAUUCGAUCAAGGCCUGGAACGUCAAAGGAGAAGCAGAAGUGCAAGGUCAACUCACUGUUCAUGGAAACGCAUCAAUUCUUAGUGACACACAAAAUGAACAGUCCUGGCAGAAGAUUCAAUUCAUCGAAGCUGCCCGGAAGCCAGGAGAGGAGGCCCCAGAUAUCAAGCAUGGCCCACCCAAGUUCGUUACUCAAUUGCAAAGCCUCGCCGACGUUGUUGAAGGACAACCAUCGCACUUCGAAGCGCAAUUCAUUCCAUUCACUGAUCCAAAUACUGUCGUUCAAUGGUAUUUGAACGGGACACCAUUGACUGCUUCUUCAAGACGUAUUCUUCGAAACGAUUUCGGCCUUGCUUCGCUCGACCUUCAGUAUACAUUGGGAGAGGACAACGGAGAAUACACUGUUGUCGUCAAGAACUCUGAAGGUGAAGACCGAUCAACUGCAAGCUUGGGUUGCACUUCUCGUGCUGGCAUUCUAGACGGAACCCAACAUGAGCAAUCAUGGAAGAGAAUUCAAGAGAUCGAAGCACCACGUUCAAGAGCACCAGAACCAGAAGGACCAGUGUUUGAAAAGCCAUCUUUCGUUCAAUCGUUGCAGUCAAUUGCUGACCUUCCAGAGGGAGCCUCAGCAAUUCUCGAAGCUCGCCUUACACCGGUGAACGAUCCAAAUCUCAAGGUCCAAUGGUUCUACAAUGAUCAGCCAUUGAUGGAGUCCAAUUGGAUUUCGACAAGCAAUGACUUUGGAUGUGUAUCUUUGAGAAUUUCUCCGGUUUAUGCGAGACACAGUGGAAUAUACUUAUGCAAAGCUUGGAACGAUUACGGAAACGCUACGACAUCGGCAUCAAUCACUGUUCAAGGAUCUGAUGGACUCCUUCUUGACACUGCUCAUCCAGCUUCUCUCCAGAAAAUUCAAGAACUUGAGGCAAUCGACAAGAAUGCUCGCUUGGAAGCUCCAGAACGAACCUACGAAAAGCCUUACUGGCUUCAAGGCUUCGAAAACUUUGAUCAAGUUGGAGAAGGACAAUCGGUCACUCUUCACGGUUUGGUUGAACCAUCUGGAGAUCCCAAUAUGAAGAUUGAAUGGCUUUUGAACGGAACUCCAUUGAUGAAUGCUAACCGAUUCAGACAAGAAUAUGAAUUUGGAAACGCUAUCUUGACUAUUGUUCAUGUUCUUCCUCACGACUCUGGUGUCUACACUUGCCGUGCCUACAAUCUCCAUGGGGAUGCUUCAACGUCUUCCACCGUCACAACAGCCGGAUACGAGAAGAUCCUUUACAAUUCCCAUCAUCCUGUUUCUUGGCAAAAAAUUCAAGAAUUGGAAGCGCCCAAGAUUGUGGAAGAAAUCGAAGAAGUCAUUGAAACUGAGAAGCCACACUUCCUCACUCAGCUUGAAUCCGCUGAAAAUGUCGAAGAAGGAAUCCCACUGCAUCUUGAGGCAACCUUCCAGCCAGCAAGAGAUCCUGAACUUAAAGUUGUUUGGAAAAAGAACGAUCAACUCUUGCAAGCAUCGCAAUUGGUUCAAACCCGUCAUGAACUUGGAUGGGCUACGCUGGAUAUUCUUUCUGUCAAUGAAGAUCACAAUGGAUUGUAUACCUUGACUAUUUCGAACAGCCAAGGAGAAGCAGUUUCAACGGCAUCCGUCAAAGUUGCCGGAACUGGUCCAAUUCUUGAUGCGACACGUCAUGAAGAAUCGUGGAAAAGAAUUCAAGAUUUGGAAGCACCAAAGGCCCCAGAACCGGAGGCUCCUGCUCCAACGUACGAUCAUCCAGCGAUCACUACUCAAAUUGAAGACAAGGAGUGCGUCGAGGGAGAUCACAUCAGAUUUGAAGCGCACAUUGUUCCUGUCAACGAUCCAAGACUUCAGGUUCAAUGGAUCCGCAACGGAGUUCCACUUUCUCACGGCUCCAAGUACGCAAUUCAGCAAGACUUUGGAAUUUGCAGUCUUGAUAUUGCAUACACGUUCCCUGAAGAUGCUGGAAUUUAUCAAUUGAGGAUUUGGAAUCCCGACGGUGAAGCUGUGUCGUCUGCUACGCUCAAAUGUCAAGGAAAAGACUCGAUUAUUGGAGACGUUCAACAUCAAGAAAGCUGGAAGAGAAUACAAGAGAUUGAAGCAGCUAAACCCAAACUUGAAGAAGCUGAUCCAGAGCCAAAAGGACCACCACGGUUCAUUCAGCCUAUCAGCUGUGUUGGUCAACUGGUCGAGAAUCAACCAGCUCAUUUCGAAGCUACAAUCGAACCAGUUGAUGAUCCGACACUUACUGUGACAUGGUACUUGAACGGACAACCGAUUGCCGCCUCUUCUCGCAUAAAGAUGAUCAAUGACUUUGGAUGGAUUAUCAUGGAUAUUGGACAAGUCGAUACUCGAGAUUCCGGAGAGUGGAAGUGUAUUGUCAAGAACGCCGCUGGAGAAGCAGAAUCAUCAGCAACAUUGAAUGUUGAAGGUCGUGAUGGAAUUCUUCAAGAUUCUCUUCAGCCACAAUCUCUGAGCCACAUUCAGAAGAUUGAAGCAGGAAAGCCUGUGCCAGAGCCACUGCCCGAACAGCAAUUCGAAGCCCCAGUCAUUGUCUCUGAACUUCAAGUGCAAGGAUUGUUGGAAGAAGGAGGAAGUGCUCAUCUUCAAGCCCAAUUCACUCCAGCCGCUGACCCAACAUUACGAUGCGAAUGGCUCAGAAAUGGCCAACCAAUUUUGAAUUCAAAUCGCUACAAAAUGGUUCAAGAUUUCGGUUUCGCCGUUCUUGACAUUCUCCAUUUGAUGAAGCACGACAUUGGAGAGUACACUCUUCACGUUUCAAAUGCAUCUGGAACAGCUUCCACUUCAACAAGUUUCAACGUUGAAGAAAAGAGCGGAUUGAUCUUGCAUCCACAGAACGACCAAAAGGCGAAGGCCAUCGAAGUUCUUGAAGACAACUUGAAGAAGCGGCCAGAAGAGAUUGAACAAGAGCUGAAAGAAGCUAUGCCAGUGUUCAUUGAACCGCUUUCAGCACCAAUCGACACAGAAGAAGGAAAGAGAGCGCAUUUCACAGCAAGAUACGAGCCAAUCAAUGACAACAACCUCUACAUUCAAUGGUAUCAUGAUGGAAAACCGCUCAAAACUGGAAGUCGCAUCAAAACUAUCAAUAAUUUUGGAACCAUUGUUUUGGAAAUCAGCCCUGUAUACCCAGAAGAUAGUGGUGAAUACACUUGCCGUGCUGUGAAUCGCAUCGGAGAAGCAACCACUUCCACCAGUCUCACUUGCGCUGCCAAAGAAGGAAUCAUCGGAACGACCCAAUUGCCAGAAAGAAUGGCCAAUGCCGGAGCGAAGAUUGCCGAAAUCGAGGCUCCAAAAUACAAGCCGGAUGACGCAGCCGAUGUCAAACAUGGACCACCAAAGUUCACAACUGCUCUCGUCGGACCAAAUGAACUACAAGAAAGCGAGCAAGCCCAUUUGGAAUGUCAAGUCACUCCAGUUUCUGAUCCUCGUCUCAAGAUUGAAUGGUUCCACAACGGUCAGCCAGUGGCUCAUUCUAACAGAAUGAAGGUUAUUCAUGAUUUCGGCUUUGUUGUGUUGGAACUUUCACCGGCUGAGCCGCAAGACUCUGGAACUUGGACAUGCCGUGCCACAAACGACGAAGGAAGCGAUGAAGUUAGCACAGAUAUCAAGGUGUUCGGAACUGGAGGAAUCUCAUAUGAAUGGCAGAGUGUUGGUCAGCAGAAGGAAAGAAUUAUUGAACUUGAAGACUGGAUUCAUAGACCAAAGGAAGAGCUCAAUGAGCUUGCCGUUGAUUAUCCAGCACCAUCAUUCUCACAAGAGCUUACCGAUCUUGGGCAACUCAAUGAAACUGAUGCGACCGCAUUUGUUUGUGUUCUGGAUCCAAUUGGUGAUCCGACUUUGAGAGUGAAAUGGGAGCACAACGGACGACCAAUCCCGUAUUCCAACAGAAUCUCAUGCACGAACGAGUUCGGUGUCGCGACAUUACUCAUCAAGCAUCUCAUCGCUGCUGAUGCCGGAGAGUACAAGUGCAUUGCUACCAAUGCCAAAGGAACGGCAACCACUACUGGACACAUUACUGUCGAAUCGCUUACUGAGACAAAUGUUCCUCAAAUCAUCCAACCGUUGGUUGACAGUGUCGAGAAUACUUUGGAAGGCGACUCGAUUCAUCUCGAAUGCCGCUUCACUCCAAUCAACGAUCCUCGUCUUCAAGUUCAUUGGCUUCGUAACGGACAACCAUUGUCUGAUGCCAGUCGAUACCGCUCAGUCGUCGAAUUCGGUUUUGUCAGCUUAGAUAUCUUGUAUGCUUACCCAGAAGAUAACGGAGAUUACGAACUUGUCGUUACUAAUGACAAAGGCGAAGCAAGAACAAAGACGAAACUUGUUGUUCUGCCAAGACCAUCCUUGGAUUACACUUCUCAAACCCAUGGAAAUCAGCAAGAUAUUAUUGAAUCCCACUUCAAACAAUAUUCAACUGCUAAGAUCGAGUUAACUGCAAAUGACAUCUACAAUGAAGUCGACAAGAAGGCUCCUGAAUUCAAGACACAAUUGCAGAAUAUUGGUGUGCUUGAAGGCGAUUUCUGUAGAUUUGAAACCCAAGUCAUCCCGAUCAACGAUCCGUAUAUGAAGAUUGAAUGGUACAAAGACCAGAAGCCCGUUCUCCUUGGUCGCCGGUUCAAGUCCACACACGAUUUUGGAUUCGUAUCUCUCGAUGUUCUUUAUGCCUUGCCAGAUGAUACUGGAGAAUACACUUGCGUUGCGACCAACAAGUACGGUCAAUCGAUGAUCAGUGCGAAGCUUGCUUGUCAAGGAACAUCCAACGUUAUCACCGAUAGCCAGAUGCCGCAAGGAUUGCGAGUUUCGAAUGUCAAAAAUGAUCAGACGAACAUGUACUGGUCGCAGCAAGCCGUCGCGCAGCAGCCCAAGGAGAAACAAUCUCCACAGUUUACUAUCCCCGUCAGAAACUUGCAAGUUACUGAAAACGAACCUGCUCGAUUUGAAUGUGCUGUUACGGGCUAUCCAAGACCGAAGGUGACUUGGUUCAUUAAUGGCAAUCAAGCCCUUCACGGACACCGUUACAAGCUCAGCUACGACGGCCUGCACUACCUAACAAUCAGUAAAUGUAGAAUUUCUGACGCAGGAGAAGUCGUAGCAAUUGCGACGAACACGGAAGGAGAAUCUCUAUCAAGCGCGACUUUGGAUAUCUUCCAGAAGGAUGACUUCAGGCAAACCAAACUGAAGCCAACAACCUUCAAGACAUCUGAGGAGUUGAGAUCUCGUGAAUUACAAUGGCAGAAGGAGACGCUUGGAUCCCUUGGUGAAGCAUUUGAAACUGCCCCAAAACCAGAUGCACAGAAGCUCAUGCACGUCGAACGUUCGCAUAGUCCAAUCGAACCACUGGAAACGGAAGAACUCAUUCAGAAGUUCACCCGUCCUCGUGAUGACAAUUUCUACGAAAAGCUUUCGUAUGUUGAGAUUCAAAAGCCACAGUUCAAAGGAAUGGAGCUUGAGCCUGUUAGCUUGAAGGCUGGAAAAAUUGAAAAGUAUGAGCCACCAGUUGAAGAAAUGGAAAAGGUCAGUCUUCGGCCAGUCGAAGAAAAAGAUGCCAAGGAAAUCCCUCAAGAAAAGCCAGAAUGGGCCCCAGAUGGAAUUCCGAAGUUGCCAGGAGUCGCUGAAAACAAAUUCAAGAAGCUACCAGAACCUGAACCCGAGCUUAAUGUGCCAGCGAGAGAUCAAGUAAAAUUGAAGAUCGCUAAGCCAACUACAGGAAAACUUGUUGAAAGCGGAGAGAAAGUCAAACUCAAUGCUGAUAAAGCCAUGAUCAAAGAAAUCGCGAUGAAGCCAGAACAACCGAAAGAAGAAAUCACUGUGCAUAAGGAUCAAGUUCAGCUUAAGCAACAACAAUUGCCGAAGGCUGGACCAAAAGGAGAACACUUUGUUGUUGAACGCGAGAAAGAUUUGAAGCAAACACCAGCGGUCGUUAAACCAGCAAUUGAAGAAACUCGAAUCAGCACCAAGGUUAAAUAUUCAGCAAAUAAUUUCCCUUUAACUAACAGUGGCAUUUCUUCCGAACAAUUCACCUAUCGCUACAGUUCACAUAAUCGGGAACGAACAGUUGGAUUUCACAUGAUUCGGCCACAACCCAAGAAGGUCGGACAGUCGAAACAAGCUCCGCCAGCUCUUGUUCAGCAGCUUAAACCGCUGCAAGGUGAAGCCGGAAAAUCUGCCAAGUUCACGAUUGAGUUCACUGGAGCUGCUCCAAUGAAAGUCACCUGGUUCAAGGAAGGAAAAGAAAUCAAGAGCACAUUCAGAUCUCAGAUUACCACCACCGCUACUAGCUCGAGCUUAAAUAUUGCAAAAUUGGAGAAUAGUCAUUCCGGAGAAUACUGUGUGCGACUAGAGAAUGUGGCCGGUACAGUUGAAUCACUCGCCAACCUGACAGUGAAUGCUCCAACUAGCCACGGAACUGCGCCAACAUUUACUUCCCGAAUAGCCGAUCUGAGGAUUCAACAGAAUGGCCCGGCUGAAUUCAGUUGCCAAAUCAAUGCCGAACAGAAGCCGACCGUCCAAUGGUUCAAGGAUGGACAACCACUGCCAAAUGAUGAUCGAUUCACGGUUGUCGAAGAAAACGGAGUAUUUAAACUGAAAUUCGCGAAUGUUCUCUCAACUGAUGCGGGUGUGUACGAGAUUGUUGCCAAAAAUCCUGCCGGUGAGGCCCGAUGCAAGGCUAGACUAAACGUCAAUCUCCAAAAGACUGGAAAAGGUGUUGAAGAGGGGCCGAAAUAUGAGGCGCCCAAGUUCACGACACAAAUCCAGCCAAUCGUCGUGGAUGAAGGCAAAUCGGCGCAGUUCUCGGCUAAAUUUUCUGGAUUCCCUGAGCCAACAAUCCGGUGGUACAGAAAUAAUGAACCAGUAAAACAUGCGGAUGGCUACCAAAUUUCUCAAACCAAAGAUGAGGCUAUCUUGAAAAUUAGCGGUGCUAAAAAUGAGGAUGUCGCCGAAUACCGAGUGGAAGCAAGCAAUCCAGCAGGAAAAGCUUCCUCAGUUGCCAACCUUCUCCUAUCGCCAAGAUCCGGCAAAGUCGCCAAAACGACGAUAACGCGCGGUGGAUCUUCGUCAUCCGCACCGGCUGCAGACGCUCCGCAUUUUGUUGCCAAACUAACAGAUAUUUCUGCUAGACAAGGACACACUGUCAAGUUUACUGCUGAGGUUGACGGCAAUCCGGAACCAACAGUCCAGUGGCAAUUCAACGGAAAACCAAUUGCAGCAUCCAAAGAUAUUAAGAUAUCGCGGAAUGGAAAACUUGCAAUCCUUGAGCUUGCUCGAGUCAAGAUCGAAAGCGCAGGCGAAUAUCAAAUCAUCAUUAGGAACGACAAGGGCGCCGCAACAUCGCAAGCUCGUCUCAAUCUUAGUGCGUAUCAAUAG